AUGAACGGCAAGAGUAACGGCGUUUACGUCUCGUCUGCGGGUGCUGCAGAGCAGGCUCGGCUUCACGGUGCGGCUUUUCUUGAGUCGACUCAGAAAUCGGUUUUUCCGGAGCUCCUGCCUGCGGCAGCCGCGGAAGCUGACGUGGCCUUCCCGUCGGGUCCCUCCGGUGUGGUGAGUCCUGUAUGGGAGUCGAAUACGGGACUCUUAGCAGGCUCUUUACUAGGAGGGUCCUUAACGGGCGCUUUGGCAGACUCGCCGGUUUUAUACGAGGAGCGGUUCGUUGAUCCGUUAUGGAAUCACGGACUGACGUUCUCGGUUUAUCCGGCAGAUUAUAACGCGGACGGCAGACUUUUCGGGACGGCGGCUGCAGCAGGCGCGGGAGAUGAUGCGGGAGAAGACUAUAACGGGGAUGCGGUGGACGUGCCGCGAAUCGACUCAUCGGCGCAUAUCAACGAUCUUAUAGCGCAGUACUCGCGAGCAGACGUUGUCGCAGCGGCUGACGCGGCGGAAGCGACGGCAGCGGCGACUCUCGUUUUUCCUUCUGACGACGUGUCCGCAUCUCGCGGAUCCUCGUUCUCGUUCCGCCAGCCGAGAUUUGUCGGCCCGUCUGGUUCCUCCAGCGCUGGCGCGUGGUUGGAAAAGUCGGCUGCGCGUUCCGACAGAUUCUCGCUGUCGGGGCCGCGUUUGGCUUCUGAUUCUCGUGAUUGGAUGGUCGCGGCGCCCUACGACCGCUUUAAUCGGCUUCCGGGAGUCGCGGAGGAGGUUGACGAGCCGCGGGAAUCAGGGCCCCAGGAAAGUGACACGUGGGAGGUGCUGCGGGCAGGCAAGCGUCUGCGGACGGGCAAGGAAGCGCAGCGGGCAGAUUCACGGGCAGACGAUACAUCGCGGGCAGAGGUCGAGACUCCAGGAGUGAAGGAGACGAAGCGUGACGCGGAGGGGAUCGUAGCGGAAGAGAAGGAGAAGGACCCUGCUGGUGCAACGACAGGUGCUGCAGAUGCAGAGACGAGCCUCGUGUCGGGAAGCCUUGCAGCGGGAUUGCUCGCUGGUUGGGCCCACGCGACGGCUGUAGCGGAGUUGCCGGCUGCAGCAGACGCUGUUGCUGACUUGCCGGCUGUAGUGCUGGAUGCCACUUCGACGCCUUAUCACACGCCACACAUGACGCCGUAUCACACGCCGGAGCGCCAGAAUGGCGCUGACGUGGCGGGUCUCCAGCCGGCGCAGAGAUUGGCGGGCGCGUGUGCUCCCAGCACAGGAUCACCUGCUGAGGUGGCGGCUCCAGGGACAGGGAUCGCUGGGCUGGGCUCGCUGGAGGACACGUGGCAGGAGCUUGAGGGGGCAGGGGACGGGGAGGGAGCGGAAAAUCAGGACGAUUUUGAGGGCUAUAUUGAGGAGGCUUUUAGCGAGGAUGAGGGUCUGCAGGUGCUGGUGCGAGCCGAUUCUCACGAGAGCUCCACUGCUGCCCCAUCUGUGUACAGUCCGUGGUCCAGAGUGGUGGAGAGCGGUGUUAGAGCUGCAGAGGAGGGGGAGACACAGGUAGUUAAGAAGCAGCAGCAGGAGGAGGGGAACGGGAAGCAACAGCAGCAGCAGCAGCAGGAUGUGCCAUCUGCAUGGAUGAACGGCUGUGAUUCAAUUGAUCUGGGCCUUGAGUAUGCAGCAGUGGAGGAGUCGGAAGGAGGAGGUGAGGAAGGGGAGGAGGAAACUGAUGUGGCAACUGGAGGAGCUUCUGGGAAGGACUCCGUGUCGCAUGCAUGGAGGGAGGAGGAUGAGCGGGGGGAGGAGGGAGUGGAGGGGGUUGGAGAAUCAGCGGCGUUGGGGAGUUUUGAUGCAGAUGAUGCGGCAGAUUAUGAAUCAGAUGCUGCUGGUGAUGGUGAUGGUGAUGGUGAUGGUGAUGGUGAUGGUUCUGAGGAUGGUGCAGGGUGUGAACCUGAGGGAUUCAGUUUUGAUGAGAGCAGUUUUGUUCGAGAGAUUGAGGCUCAGCUGUUGGCUUGA